GCAUUAUGAUGUACUUAUUGAUGUGACUUGGUACGGCACUGAGUACUCAAUAUUUGUGUUAUGUUGAUGUAACUCUGAUGUAAUAGUUCUAAAUAAAUCGUGAUAUCGUGCUGAAAUUUCAUUUUGUUCCAAUGAAGUUACGUUAUAUAAACGUAAAAUGUUUUAUGAAUAGAACCGCUUAUUAGAGACUGAACUAAUUUGCAAUUCGCAUCCGGAAUAACACAAUUGAACACGAUGAACAUUCUAGCAUUUGCUGUUGUGGCAUGUUGCUGUAGCAGUACAUUAGGGUUCCUUUUUUCCACGAGCCAUUCAUGCAGCAAUAACACCGAAUGUCAGCACGGAGGUUCCUGCCAAGGCUUUGAGGGCAAUAAACGUUGCCACUGCAAAUCAGGUUAUUGGGGGUACAACUGUGAAAUAGAUCUAGGACACAUAUGCAAUUCAGACAGAUGCCACAGCCAUGGUCGAUGUGACGCAAUACUUUUACCUCCUUACUACUUGUGUCAUUGUGAAAACGGAUACCAUGGACAUGAUUGUCAAAACGCCCCAGCCACACAGUUGGCGGCUACACAACCACAACAGACAACACCAAUGUCAUCAACACCAACAACAACAAUUCCACCAACUAGACCAACAACAACACUGAUACAAACAACAACACCAACAACCAUGCCACCAACAUCGCAUCAUACUCACAAAACCACAACACCACCUAACACAGUGAUAACCACAUCUCACAAGCCAACGACAACAUUUAAUCCAACUGCACCGACGGUUGCGACAACAACACUGUCGCAAAUGUACACAGACACACCUCGCUGUUCGAAAUUCAAAACUGUGUUCGACAUUGCUGGAACUAUUAUUUCCGACAAUGCCCUUGCGUCGGUUUGCCCGAAAUCCGGUAACCAUUCGUCCCCAGAAGCAUUCGUACUCAACCACUGUACUCUGACGAAUACAGACCCAAAGGGAUGGAAAAUAGGGCAUCAGGUCAUGUACAACUGCGCGGCUGUACCACCAUACACACCAGUUAUCGAAACAUUUGGUACAUACAGUCCCAAUACUCAUCGGUCAGGAAUCUUUCUGGAAUGUUUGCCGGAACCAGAGGGCUUUAAGAUUGCAUAUCAACCAUGCGAUUCAGCUCCCACUAUAGAACACGUGAGCUCCAGUGAAGCGUCACUGUUUUACACUGUCUAUUAAACACACUCUACCACAAAUCAAAUGUUAGCAUGUUGAACAAUUCAAAUAAAUUUGAGAAAUUAA